AUGAACCGAUGGGUAGUUCGAUUCAUAGUAGCAUUAUUAUUAACAACAGUCACUAAUGCAUCAGAUCCUUUAUCUGCUCGUCAAACGGACAGUGGAUGCCCCAAUCCAGAAGUGAGAAUGUGUCAAUAUGUAACAUGUGCUAAUGGAGGUCAAUGUCGAGAGAUCGAUGCUGCUAGAUGUUUUACAUGCGAUUGUAAAGUUGGUUUUACUGGUGCAAUGUGUGAAACAAAAGAAGAAAUUAGUAACAGAACACAUAUAUGUGAAUUUGGACCUUGUCAACAUGGUGGCAUUUGUCUUCCUUUUAAUAAUGAUUUUCUAUGUCAAUGUCCUCCAUUUACGACAGGACGUUAUUGUGAACAAACAGUGGCGUCAAACCCGUGUGAGUCCUCACCCUGUUUAAAUUCUGGUACGUGUAUUAUUAAGAAUAAUACUUUUGAAUGCAUAUGUACUUCUCAAUAUACUGGAUAUCAAUGCGAAAUAAACCAAGCAACAUCAGAUCAAUGCAGUUUUUCCACUUGUUUCAAUGGUGGAACCUGCUAUACAUCUGGAAAUGCGACUUAUUGUUAUUGUCCUACUGAAACCACUGGACGUUAUUGCGAAGAACGAUUACCUUUAAAUCCAUGUAUAUCAUCGCCUUGUUAUUCUGAUGGUACCUGUAUUUUCAAUAAUGGAAAUUUUAAAUGUUUAUGUUCAGCAGAUAGAACAGGAGAGUUUUGUGAAAAGUAUAGUGUUUCCCAUCCAUGUGCUUCGGUACCUUGUCUCAAUAAUGCUCAUUGCUUUGGUGUGAAUAAUAAUACUGAUUUUUACUGUUAUUGUGGAUAUGAUAGAACAGGACGUUUCUGUGAACAAGAGAUAGUAUACAAUCCGUGUGCAUCUUCGCCUUGUCUUAAUGAUGGUAGCUGUAUUACUGUUAAUGAUACUUUCCGUUGUGAAUGCGCUCCAGCAAUGACAGGAUAUUACUGUGAAUUAAAUAGAACAUUAGAUUUAUGUAGAUUUUCACCCUGUUAUAAUAAUGGCACUUGUUAUACAAUCAAACAAGAUCAUGUAGGAUGUAUUUGUCCCUCUAAAACCACAGGAUAUUAUUGUGAAGAAGUUUUAAACGAAUCUAAUGAAUGUGAUUCUUGUUUGAAUGGUGGUACUUGCUUACAACAUAAUAAUUCAUAUACAUGUGUUUGUCCCAGUAACUUUAGUGGUGAAAAUUGUGAACUAAUUAACCAAUCACAAGGUAAAGUGAUUUUUCAUUUGUUAUUAGUCUCUAUCAUUAUUGUAUUAUAG